AUGGAGAGUUCAGCAGUGGCAGGCAGUGCACCCAUGCUCAGCACAAACAGCAUCAUCCCUGGUCUAGAGGGAGAAGAAGACAGGAACUUGGAGAGGAAACAAAUGGAGCAGGGAAGGUGCAGGUCUGGCUGGAUCUGUGGGGAGGUGAAUGCUGCCACCAGCACCAUCAGGAUGGACACACUGCAAAAACAAAUGGAGUGUUCUGAAAGUGAAACAUGCACAAAUAUCAGUUCAAGGACCCUUCCCAAUCAAGCAGAGAAUUUUCCAACUGAUAUCUCCUUGAAGUUAACAAUGGUAAGACGAAAGAGUGGAUGUCCUGAUCCCAGACUCCAAAGACAGCUCAGAGGGCAGCUCCGUCUUGUGGAAAAUGACAGUAGGGAGGUGACAGCAGUUUUCAGUGAGCUCUCUGCCAGACUGCUGUCUAUUCAUAGUGAUGAAGAUCUAAUAGUGGUGACAUUUAAAACUUUUGAAGAAAUAUGGAAGUUUCUAACCUACCAUUCACUGGGUUUUAUAAAUCACUGCAUGGAAAACUUAUUCCUAGACCAAUCUUUUUGGCUGUAUUCUCAAGAGGAGGAAGAAACAGGCAUUGAAGUCUGUAUAAAUGAAAAAUCAUUACAUUUGAUGUACAGAAGCCUGCUAGUACAGGAAGGGGCGUUUUUUGUUUCAUGUCCUGACAAUCUGAUAAGAAAGAUAUUGGUUACAGACAAUGAAAUAAAUACUUAUUUUGAAACUGGGGCUUUUACUGAAGAUGUAACAGGUGGAUCUAUGGAUGGUGAUGUGACUGUGCUGAUUAAUGCUUCUCUGGAGCCAUUGAUUCCUUUUCAUCAAUGGUUUCUUAAAGGGUGUUCUAAUUCCAUUGACCUUAGAUGCAAAACUGAAUCCAAAUCCACCAUGAAAGUUGCAAUGGGAUCUUGCCUUGCUGUGAUGGAUUAUGAAAGUAGUGUGUUGGAAGAGAUGAGUUUCCAGGAAGGGGACAAAAUUGAGAUCAUUGGCUACUUCAUUGAAUGCGUGGAAUGGUUUCUUGGAAGACAUGUGUUUACUGGCCAAAUAGGUUUUGCAAAGACAAGUCAUGUUAAACUGGACUUACCUAAAAAUAAACCGCAAGACCUGGAUUUUCUUGAAGCAGAUGAGCUGUCAUUUUUUUCAAAUGACAACAAUUUGGAAGAAGUGAUACAUUUGUUAAAACAAACCUCCAUCACAGAUAUUUGCUCUGUGUACCGAAUUGACCAAAUAGAAGAACCAGAAUUUCAGAAAGAUCAUGAAUCUGAAAUUCAGUGUUCACAUUCUAGCAUGGGAUCCACUAGCAACAACAGAAAGAUAGAAGAAUUCUUGAGGAACUUCAAGAAUUUGGAGGCCGCUCAGGCAGAAGAGCCAACUACAGAAGGAAAGGAUCAAGAUGAUGAUCAAGCAUCUGACACUUUUGAGUCAUUGUUACUCUUCUUAAACAGGGAAGAGUAUGACAGAAACUUCAAAGCACUGUAUGAUUACUCUUACCCAUUUAUCAACAGCAUGUUUUAUGGGUUUUCUGAAGAAGAACAACUAGUUAGCUUUUUUAGAUUAGCAAGGGAAGCAGCAAAGAAAGCAAGUAUGUCCUGGGCUCUAGCACGGUUGUGCUUUGUCCUAGGCAGGCUUAGUGUUAAAAAGCUGAAGUUUUCCCAAGCUCGGGUGUAUUUUGAGGAAGCAUUGGGAGUAGUAGCUGGAGGGUUUAGUGAUUUGUACUUUGUAAUUGCUCUUUAUACAAAUCUAACAAUUAUCUACUUGACACAGAAGAACAAAGAAAAAUGUGCUCAUAUUUUUGACAAGGCUACAGCUCUUCUCAUGGGGAUUCCCAACUAUAUUUGCAGUGCUGACCUGGAGUCAGAUAUUCUAAAGUAUGCUCUGAAGAGGACAAUUCUGAGGCAGAACAAGCAUGCAGAGGCAAGGGCAUGCUUUCUACUGGCAAAACAUUACAGUGCACGCAAACAGCAUGAAGAGGCACUACCAUUCUUGGAAAGGUUUCAACUGUUGCUUAAUGAGCUGGGUUUCCAAAACAACUUAUCAAACAAGUGUUAUUUCAAACUAGCACAGUUGUACAACAAAAAGUGUUUGCCACACAUUGUAUUAAGCUGCAUAAAGGUCACCUCUUCCCAGAGCUCCAGUGCUUUAAUAGAUUCCUUGAAAAGGAUUGAUUUAGUAAUCAAAAAUGCUCCCAAGCUCUAUGGUGUGAGAAAACUCAGACAAAUACACCCAUCCCAAAUUGUACCUUACCUCAUACAAGCACUUUCCUCUGUGUUUACUAAUGAGCAGCAAGGACUAUGCUGCACUAUUCAUCUUAGCUUAGCAAAACUGUACAGCCACCACAAACAGUAUGGAAAAGCUAUUGUUCACAUGAUCAAAGCACUGGACUCUGAUGUUUCUGCUAAGCCAGAAGAAGCUAUUAGCUAUCUGGUUUCACUUGCUUGGUUAUACAUUCUUUACAAACAAUAUGAUGUGGCUUUAGCCAUUUUAAAUGCUGUUGUAGACUCUUCAUGGAGCACUCUUCAACAACUAGGUGUAGCUUAUAACAUGCUUGCUAUUGCUUUGAAAAGAACAAACAAUACAAAACAAGCUGCUGAGAGCUACUACAAAGCAUUGUGCCUUUCAGAAGAGACCAGUAUGACCCAUAACCAAGCUAUAGCCCUAGCUAAUUUUGCGGCACUAUGCCUGCAUGCAGCAGCCAGCAAGCUGGCAGAACAUUAUUAUAUCAAGGCAGUGAAGCUAUUCUCCAAACUUCCAAAUCUGGACUGUGGCCAAGACUUCAUCCAGGUCCUCCUUCAGUUGGGAUGCUACUAUGUUGGUAGAAAACAAAGAGAGAAAGGAAGGUUUUAUUAUGAAUGGGCCUUUUUAGUUGCAAUGGAGAUAAGUCAUCUGGAAAGUCAACUGCAAGCCAUUAAACUUCUGUGUCAGUUCUACAGUACAGUUGCUCCCAAUGAGGCUCAGUGUGUCAUCUACAACGAGUAUCAACUAUCUUUAGCUAGAAAGAUGUCCAACAAAGCUUUGGAGGGACAAAUUUUGGAAACCAUUAGUCAGCUCUAUUUAUCUUUAGGAACAGAAAGGGCUUACAGGUCAGCUUUGGAAUGUACUAAAAGAAGCCUUGGGAUAUUUAUAGAUCUCCAGAAAAAAGAGAGAGAAGCAUAUGCUUGGCUACGAGCAGGAAAGAUAUAUUAUGUUCUGAGGCAGAAUGAGCUUGUGGAUCUUUAUAUUCAGGUUGCUCAGGAUGCUGCUCUUUACACAGGUGAUCCAAACUUUGGAAUGGAAUUGUUUGAAGCUGCUGGAGACAUAUUUUUCAAUGGUACUUGGGAAAAGGAGAAGGCAGUGACUUUCUACAGGGACAGGGCUCUUCCACUUGCUGUUAAGACUGGCAACAAACCCACUGAGCUCAGACUAUGCAAUAAAUUGGUGGAAUUGCUGGUGACUCUGAAGGCUUAUGAGGAAAGUCUGGAAUAUGCACGAGCAUCUCUUAUGCUCAGUGUAAGUUUAGGAAACCAGCUAAAUGAACGAAUAGCUUACCAUCGCCUGGCUGCCAUCCACCAUCAUUUGGGUCACUGUGAACUAGCUGAACACUUUUAUUUAAAGGCCUUGUCCCUCUGCUCCUCUCCUCUAGAGUUUGAGGAGGAAACACUGUAUUAUGUCAAGGUGUACUUGAUCUUAGGAGACAUAAUAUUCUAUGACCUUAAGGAUCCCUUUGAUGCAGCAGGCUACUAUCAUUUGGCACUUGCUGCUGCCAUGGAUCUGGGCAAUAAAAAAGCUCAGCUGAAGAUUUACACAAGACUUGCAGUCAUCUACCAUAAUUUCCUUGUGGAUCGAGAAAUGUCUCUCUUCUUCUACCAAAAGGCAAGAACCUUUGCAACUGAGCUGAAUGUUAGGAGAAUAAAUCUAGCUCCUGAUCAAUGUUACAAGAGUUCAUAA